CAAAAAGACGAGGAAGGAGACUUCGAUCGUAGCUACAGGAAGAACAAUAUCGAGAACACAUCAACCACUGUCUCUAGCGUUUGUCCACACGAAAACCUGGUCCAAGGACAAUGAAUCUGGAACGUGUUCCCAAUGAGGAGAAACUAAAUCUCUGUAGAAAGUAUUAUCUGGGUGGAUUUGCCCUCCUGCCAUUUUUAUGGCUUGUUAAUGUAAUUUGGUUUUUCAAGGAAGCCUUUGUAAAACCAUCCUUCACAGAACAAAUGCAAAUAAAAACAUAUGUGAAGAGGUCGGCACUGGGGGUGCUCCUGUGGGCUGUUAUCUUUGUACCUGGAUUACAGUGUUUCCAGCACUACAGGGCAGAGUGGGGUGAAGUGGGUGAUUAUUUGUCAUUUACAAUCCCCCUGGGCACCCCGUGAAUAUUUAAAAUAUAAAUUCUUUGUUGUUAACGCAGAAUGCUUCAGUUUUAUCCAACACACAUCUAAUUUGUUUUGUUUUUUG